AUGUGGAGAGGACGAGAGACAGUGGAUGUUCUUGAACUCCACAGGAAGUAUGGCAAGAUCGUCAGACUUGCACCAGAUCUUGUCGCGAUGCUCGGCGAAGGCGACUUAUGGAAGGAGAUUUACGCUUCAAAGUCAAGAGGUGUCUGCACUUUUAGUAAAGACAUCCUUUUCUAUGACGUCCCGGUCAAUGGCAUUCCUGGUCCAGUCUCUGCCCAAGAUGAGGCUGCCGGCCGCAUGAGGAAGACAAUGGCACCAGCAUUCAGUGACUCGGGCUUGAGACAGCACGAGUCAAGAUUCAAAGGCUGGUGUCAGGCGCUGACAGAUCGACUCUCGAUGCACGCAAAGGACAGGAUCCCAACCGACAUGGUCAAAAUGUUCAACUGCACCACUUUCGACGUCAUGAGUGAUAUGCUGCUCUCUGAGCCACUGCAUAUGUUGGAAAAGGGAGAGUAUGCUCCACUCGUCAGUCUGAUUUUUUGGCUUCUCAAAUACGUCACACGGCUCAAGACACUUCGGUACUUCAGCAGAACCUAUGGACCAAAGAUCCGUGGUCUUAUCAUGCGCAUUCCCACCAUCAACCGGAUUGCGAAAGGUCACCACCAUUUCGUUACAAACCGUGUCGAUGAACGGCUGGCGAAGAACCCAGAAGCACCUGAUAUCUGGUCUCUGGUCACUGCCGAUAGCACCACAGCGUCACUUAUCAGCACUGAAGAACGGUACUCAAUUGCCAACGAGUUGAUGAUCGCAGGAACCGAGACUUCGGCCACAGCUCUCAGUGGUAUCCUUUACUACUUGCUCCUCAACCCCAAGUGGCUCAAAACACUGUCCGAACAUCUUCGCUCCCAAUACGCCGACAUCGAUAGCUUGAACAUGUUCGCUCUCCAGGGCGAUAAACUCCUGAAUGCGAUCAUCAAAGAGUCGAUCAGAAUGUACCCACCCGUCCCCGUUGGCUUCCCUCGAUCCGUACCGGCGGAGGGAGCUGACUUCAAGGGAUUCCACUUUCCCAAAGGCACACGGCUGGCAAUCUACCAGCACGCAACCUACCGAAGCGAAGAGCUCUGGACGGAGCCCAAUGUUUAUCAUCCAGAACGCUGGAUGGGCGAAGAUGAGAAGUUCAAGAACGAUCGAUUUGAUGCCUACGAGCCCUUCAGCGUUGGUCUACGGGCAUGCUCAGCUCAGAACUUCGCUUGGCACGAGAUCCGUCUGGUCCUCGCCAGUGUUCUCCUCAACUUUGACUUUGAACUGCGUCCUGAGUCGAUCAACUGGUCGGAGCAGAAGACAUACAUUGUCUGGGAGAAACUUCCUUUGAAUGUGAAUGUUAAGAAGAGGGUUGCGUAA